AUGCCCAAGUCGAAGCGCACAAAAGUUAUUCGGUUCCCAGAUGAAGCACAGGAAGGAGAGAGGCAGCCGAAUACCCCCGCUGGCCUGCAUCACACUACACCCAAGUCGAAGCAUAGAAAGCCCGCUGUUCAAGAGGAGGAGACGAUAAUCCACCCGCAGUCCGUCAGCGCAGAUGAUGAUGCUCUCGAUUUUUGUUUCAAGAACUUGCUGGAAAGCAUUGCAGAUAUUGGCAUUGCCGCACGUUCGGGGCUUACAGAUCAUCCCUGCAGUUUCGUCGUCUACGCACAUGAGAAUGCGGAUAUCGGAGAGGCCAAUUCACAAUACGUCACAGAAAUCAUCGAGUGGUUGAAGAAAAUACGAGCCCCGAUUGUCUCGGACAGGUCCCCGCUUCUCCUCUGGGGGACUGAAAAUGAUACCAAUCCUGCCGUUCACGACAUUUUAUCCAGCCAGAUACGUCUGCUACCGGCUUAUAAAAGUUCCGACAAGGUGGAGAAGGUGAUUCUGUGCGUGUCACAGGUACUCAGAAAGUAUUGUCAGGAUACAUUCGCGCUCGGCUACAUGACGCAAAUUCGGGAGUUGUACGACACACACAAGCAGAACAUGCAGAAGUUUGAAACGGAGAUCCGAGAAUUUGUGAAAGCUCAGCUCAAGGCGAACGGAUUCCAUCAUGUACUCACAGAAAUCGCUUUCCUCGACAUCCGACGUCGUCAUCAUAACAAUGGUGGCGACGGAAUCAUUUCUAUCACACUUGAUGGAGGUGAUUUAGGUAUAGAAUCCUUGACCGGUCUCUCUGUUUAUCUCAAGGUUCAUCCGACUCCUAAACCAGGCCACCUCCACUGGCUAUUUUUCAAACUCCUUCAACGCCUCUAUCCGUCCCGACACAGAGAUUUCGAUUUAUGGUGUGAAUGCUAUGAAAAUCUCCGGCAAUGGUGUAUAGAAGGUAGAAAGGGGAUGUCACUUCACCAUAAAGCCGCAAAGGAGACCCAGCAAUUGUUGGACGACCUGAAGAACCUUUGGGUUAGUGGAGUUCGCGAUGGAGAAUGGAAAGUGAGUGCUCAGAUUAUCGAGAAGCAUAAAGAAGAGAUGGACAGAUCUUUGAGGCAAUCAACUAAGGAAAUGGACACCUGGAUUCGCGAGAAACGUUACAGUCCAGCAAAUCUCAAGAUUGAACGACUCUCGGGGAAAGAGCUGUCGAUGGAUCAGUGCUACAUUAAUCUUGCUAUUGUGCAGCAACACCCUCAGGACGCGCGUUCCUCUGAAGACGGAGGUUCUGCGCAUAAGUCCUCUCCGUUUUCACUCUUCGCACGACUUCAUGUUAAGGAACGGAACGAAGGAACUGAAGUUCCAUUGUCGACAAUCUUCGACCCGCAUCAAGGACCCGACGGUCAUGAGAAACAACCCAGACGAAUCUUGAUUCGAGGACAAGCUGGGGUAGGAAAGACCACUCUGUGCAAAAAGGUUGUCUAUGACUUUACCUAUGCUGGUAUGUGGGCGGACUUGUUCAGCCGCUUACUCUGGAUACCCCUACGGAGGCUGAAAGGACGGCCUGCGGGAUACAAGGUCCAGAAUUUGUUCAAUGAUGUAUUCUUUUUUGACCACACCGAUGGGGAAUCCGCCGCACGCAAAUUGCACGAGGCAAUCGCCGACUCGAAACACGACCAAACCCUUUUUGUUCUCGAUGGCCUGGACGAAGUAUCUCAGGAUUUUCAGAAGGAUGGGGAUGUGUUCCGGUUACUUCUCUAUCUUUUAAAUCAGCCCAACGUCAUUAUCACAUCUCGACCGUACGGAGUUCUUCCGAGUCGCCUGGAUCCUCCCGACCUGGAAUUAGAGACUAUCGGAUUCUAUCCAGAACAGGUGAAGAGCUAUGUCAAAAAAACCUUUCCUGAUGAUCCGCAUAAAGCUAAGGAAAUUCAGUCAUUCCUCCAAGAUCAUUGGAUUAUCCAGGGUCUCGUUCGGAUCCCUAUUCAACUGGAUGCGGUCUGCCUUACCUGGGAUCCUGCCGGCAACUUGGGAAGAGUACCAGAAACCAUGACCGCGGUUUACCAAGUAAUUGAACAAAAGUUGUGGAAGAAAGAUCUUGAGCGGUUAGGCAAAAUUGUUGAUGGAAUUCCCUUGCAUAAUACUAUUCUCCAGGAAGCUCCACCAUCAAACAUCGAGCGCUUCGCCGAGAAAGAGAUUAUGCUGCUUGAAAUUCUUGCAUUUACUGGACUGCAUAAUGAUGUGAUCAACUUUAAUCUAGCCUUUUUGGAUACGAUAUGCAAGUACUUCGAAUUCCUGGAAUCGAUUUCCUUACCAAGCAAGAUUCUUCAAAAUGUGUCUUUUCUGCGAACGUCAGACCCUUUACCAGAGAAUCAUAACCGAUAUUAUCACUUUUUACACUUGACCUUUCAAGAAUAUUUUGCAGCACGGUAUUUCGUCCGACGUUGGAAAUCUGGACAACAACUUGAAUGUCUACGGCUCGAAGACGGAAGUCUUGAGGAAAUCUCACCGACCAGUUUUCUUCAGAAACACAAAUACCUUGCACGGUAUAAUAUCCUGUGGCGGUUUGUCACUGGGUUGCUUCAAGCUCAAGAGGCAGAGAUCGUAGAAUUUUUCAAGGCUCUUGAGGAACCACCCGACCUUCUAGGCCCUGCGCACCAGCGACUGAUCAUGCACUGCUUAAGCGAAGUGAGACGUUCGAAUAGCCAAAAACGUUUCACUUUAGUUCGGGAGAAGUUGGAAAAGACAUUAUCUGAGUGGCUGCACUUUGAAUGCAAUUUCAGAAGACGAGCAGACCUAGCAAGCGAGAUGGAAUUUCCAGCGAAUGUGCUGACCUCCGUUUUCCUGAACUGGCCUGAAGAGGAUAAGGCGAUAGUUCUGGAAUCACUAGAAAGACGUCCCAGAAUUCAGUCAAGCAUUGUUACAACGAUUGCCCCUUUGCUAGGAGAAGACCAGCCUAGACAUUUGAAAAGAGCUGUCUGCGGAAUACUGAGGCGCUGUUAUGGAUUCUUUACCGAGGACGUGUUCAGGAUGGUUGUGGCACUACUAAAGGACCGAAACUCGGCCGUCAGACAGGCAGCCAUUCAAGCACUUGAACGUCAACCCUCCUUGUCAGAUGAGAUACUCGAGAAGGUGGCGAUGCGACUAGAGGACCAAGACUGGACCGUCAGACCGGCAGCCAUUGAAGCACUUAAACGUCAAUCUUCCUUGUCAGAUAAGAUACUCGAGAAGGUGGCGAUGCGACUAGAGCACCGAGACUGGGCCAUCAGACGGGUGGCCAUUGAAGCACUUGAACGUCAUUCCUCCUUGCCAGAUGAGAUACUCGAGAAGGUGGCGGUGCGACUAGAGGACCGAGACUGGGCCAUCAGAUGGGCGGCCAUUAAAGCACUUCAACAUCAAUCCUCCUUGUCAGAUGAGAUACUCGAGAAGAUGGCGAUGCGACUAGAGGACCAAGACUGGACCGUCAGACAGGCAGCCAUUGAAGCACUUGAACGUCAAUCUUCCUUGAUGCUCGAGAAGGUGGCGAUGCGACUAGAGGACCAAGACUCGGACGUCAGACGGGCGGCCAUUGAAGCACUUGAACGUCAAUCCUCCUUGUCAGAUGAGAUACUCGAGAAGAUGGCGAUGCGACUGGAGGACCAAGACUCGGACGUCAGACAGGCAGCCAUUGAAGCACUUCAACAUCAAUCCUCCUUGCCAGAUGAGAUACUCGAGAAGGUGGCGGUGCGACUAGAGCACCGAGACUCGGACGUCAGACAGGCAGCCAUUGAAGCACUUGAACGUCAGUCCUCCUUGCCAGAUAAGAUCCUUCUCAACCGCUUAUAUAUGGGAUUACUCUACAAGAAUUGGCUACAGCGCAGUUUUGAUGUACAGGUAAAUGGGUGCCUCGUUGGUCGUACCUUCUGUCUCAGUACCCCUGAAGGCGUGAAAAAUUUUUCUUUUACAAGCGAGGAUGGGCCAGAUCGGUUUAGAGACAUAAUUAUGGAAGUGCGAAACACCUUUCCUAUUCCUAAGGAGAGAAAUAUAGAUAGUACGGCAACAUAG